AUGGGUACUGGAUGGAGAAGAGCCUUUUGUACACGCGACCCUGAAUCUACUAUAUCAGAUAACAAGAAGAACCGAAGCCCGAGCCCAAGCCCGAGAAGCUGUGCUCGGUUGAGUUUUCUUUCUGGAGGUGGUAGUAAUAGUAAUAGUUCCACUCCGCGGUUGAAUCAAUCUCAACCAGCUUCAAGUCCAAGCCUGCGUUGUCGUACAAUAACUGAAGCAGCUUCUCAAACAAAUGAUAGCCCCAGAUUUCAAAGCAAAACUAACACUCCAAGGCUAACAAAAUCUCCAAGAGCAAACUCAGCUUCGAAUCCAAAUUCUCCUCGCUCUCCUUUGAAGUUAUCUCUCUUCAAGAACAGCUUCAAAUUCAGGAAUAGCUGUGGAAUCUGUUUGAAUAGUGUGAAAACGGGACAAGGAAUGGCUAUUUACACGGCAGAAUGUGCACAUGCUUUUCAUUUCCCGUGCAUCGCAGCACAUGUACGCAACCAUGCUACUCUCGUUUGCCCUGUCUGCAACGCCACAUGGAAAGACGUUCCUCUACUAGCGGCGCACAAGAAUCUCGCUGCUCCACAAUCUCACACAACUAUUGAUAACUCCAAUGUACGUGAUUCAAAACAAACGGAAAGUCCUUCUCCGGUUUUCAGAACCAAGAACUUGAAUCAGUCUCAACAACAGUAUCAACAACCAAAGCAAUCUGAAUCUACGAGAUCUUAUGACGAUGAUGAGCCUCUCCUUUCUCCUACCGCCGGUGGUGGAAGGAUAAUCACUAUUCCAGAAGUUGAUGAAAAUGAGGAAGACGAAGAGGAUGACAGCGGCGAGUUUCAAGGAUUUUUUGUUAACACGAAAUCUACUUCAGCUAACAAAUCGUACUCCGACGAUAUACAAUCCGGUGACGGAGACUCAAGAACUGUUCAAGUGAAGUUAAUGCCGGAGUGUGCAGUUGUAUCAGUUUCCCGAACACACGAAACAUACGCUUUGGUUUUAAAAGUGAAAGCACCGCCGCCGCUCCGUGGCGGAAGCAGCACUCUUGAUCCUUCACGGCGAGCACCGAUAGAUCUCGUAACAGUGCUUGAUGUUGGUGGAAGCAUGACGAGUGCAAAGCUUCACAUGCUGAAGCGCGCGAUGCGUUUGGUUAUUUCCUCUCUAGGACCAGCUGAUAGGCUUUGUAUUGUGGCUUUUUCUGCUAUUUCCAAACGACUCUUACCAUUGAGAAGAAUGACGGCUCAAGGUCAGCGUAUGGCUCGGCGCAUCGUGGACCGGCUUGUCACCGGUGAAGGAAACGGCUUAGGUGAGGCUUUGAGGAAAGCAACAAGAGUAUUGGAGGAUCGUAGAGAAAGAAACCCGGUAGCUAGCGUAAUGCUUUUAUCCGACGGUCAAGAUGAAAAGGUUCAUAACAGUAACAAACAAAAUCAACGGAAGACAUGGAGCCACGCUUCUUCGACCCGGUUCGCUCACAUUGAAAUACCGGUUCACGCAUUUGGGUUCGGUAGUAAAACCGGGUACAGUCACGAACCGGGGGAGGAUGCUUUUGCUAAAUGUGUUGGUGGGCUUUUGAGUGUUGUAGUUCAGGACUUGAGAGUUCAAUUGGGCUUUCAGUCUGAUUCGGCGCGGGCCGAAAUUAGUGCUAUCUAUUCUUGCAGUGGGAGGCCCACGCUGCUGAGCCUAGGAGCCGUACGGCUCGGCGAUUUAUACGCUGAAGAAGAAAGAGAGCUAUUAGUUGAGAUGAGAGUUCCAGCUUCAGCUUUGGGGACCCACCAUGUGAUGACGGUACGGUGUCUUUAUAAGGACCCCGCAAGUCAAGAGAUAGUAUACGGUAGAGAACAGGGACUUACAGUGCAGCUACAUCAGAACCAGUCUCAGACCGUACGAUCAUCACAAACCAGGAUCGAAAGGCUGAGAAAUCUGUUCAUAACUACCCGAGCCAUAGCUGAGUCGAGGAGGCUUCUAGAUCACAACAGCGACUUCACUAGCGCUCAUCAUUUACUAUCUUCAGCUCGUGCGCUUUUGAUUCAAUCUGGCUCGGCUUCGGCUGAACAGUACGUGCGCGGCUUGGAAGCCGAGCUUGCAGAGCUUCAUUGGAGGAGACAGCAAGAACAGGUUCAUGUUGAGGCUCAGCAGCAACAAGUGAUGCAAAGAAGACGAGGAGUUGAGAGAGAGGUGAAUAAUAAUAUGGUGGAUGAAAAUGGUGAGCCGCUUACACCUACAUCGGCUUGGAGAGCGGCUGAGAUGCUGGCUAAGAUGGCUAUGGUCAAGAAGUCUUUGAAUAAAGUCAGCGACUUACACGGCUUCGAAAAUGCUAGGUUUUAA